CCUCUGGGUGGGAUCCCAUAUUUCUGUCUCCAUAAUCUUGAACCACGUCAGUGGGGUUUUAAACGUCGAAGCAGCAGCACAUUCUGAACAAUCAAACUUGGAAAAAUCCAUCGCUGUAUUGAGAAGAUGAGGUUUGUUUUUCUCUUCUUUGUUUUUUGCCUGAUGAUUUCCAUGAGCUGCAGUCAACUGCAGGGUCCACCUGGUGAAAAAGGUGACAGAGGACCCGUUGGACCCGUUGGACCCCCUGGAUUCCCUGGACCCCGUGGAAUCCCUGGACCCCCUGGAAUCCCUGGAAUCCCUGGACCCCCUGGAAGUUCAGGAAUGCCUGGUUUACCCGGACCACCUGGACCCGUCGUCAAAUGUGGACAAGAUCUCCUUGGUUCUGUAGGACGGGACAUUGAAAGCCUGAUAAAGAUCACUGCAAAGCUGGACCUUGCCAUGAGCUUUGACUUUGUGCGGAAGGUGAAUCAGAAAUACUUUGUGUCCAACAAGGAGAAAGGAUCAUUCCUGAAGGCUGUGGAGUUCUGCUCCCAACAAGGCUUAGAGCUGGCUCUGCCUCAGAGCGAGGAGGAGAACCGCAUACUGAUUCAGCUGAUUGGUGAAGAUGAUAAAAGAGCCUGGAUCAACAUCAACAGUAGAAAAGCUGAGGGGAAUUUUCAGUCUGAUAUGAAAAAUCGACCUCUGACCUUUACUAAUUGGGGGGAAAGACAGCCAGAUGAAAGCAUUCAGGAUACGGGCUGCAGCAUGGUGACUGAGAACGGCACCUGGAGAGUGACACCAGACUGUUCUCAGAAUAUUUACCUUAUCUGUCAGAUCUAGAAAGCUGAUCUACUAAGCUAUAUAUUUUCAUAUAACCAAAAGCUCACCAGUAGACCUGCAUUGCAAAUGAGCUCAAAUUACAAAUACCCGAGUGUAUGGUAGUGGGUAACAUUUAACAUAUGUGCAAAUAAACUAACCAGUCUACCAAUUAA